UCCCGCGCGGCAUCAUUUGCCGAUCUGCGCGUUGCCCGCGCACCGCGUUUCGUGUUUGAAAAUCGCGUGUGUUUUUGUGCACCAUGCCGAAGAAUAUUUUCGCCGAAAUGGGCUCCCAGGUGGGGCUCACGCCUUCCAGACAAAAUAAACAGGAGGUGGAAGAUUGGUCCCGAAGACGCAGCGGCUCCAAGGUCAACCCGACGUUUGAGCCUGACUGCCUUCCUCAAAGCCUAUCCCCGGUCAAAGAUGAGAAGAAAGGCUCAGCAGAUAAGGGCAUAUUCCUUGUCAAUUUGAAUGAGAUGAACCAAGAAGUUGAAGAAUAUGAGCCUUACGACAACCGAGUUGUUGAUCACCCCACCACGAACAUAGAAACAUUAUUGCACUUGCUUAAAGGCAGUUUGGGUACUGGUAUCUUAGCGAUGCCUCACGCGUUUUCUAAUGCCGGAUACGUCGUGGGCUCAAUCGGCACCAUUGUUAUUGGUGUUCUAUGUUCAUACUGCAUACACGUUCUCUUGGACUCCUGUUAUGUGAUGUGCAAGCGGCGGAAGGUGCCUUCAAUGACGUACACCGCUGUAGCUGAGGCGGCGCUUUCCGAGGGACCAGACUGGUGCAAAGCUUGCGCCCCGUAUGCUGCUCACGUGGUGAACGUUUUCCUGCUCAUCUAUCAGAUUGGAACCUGUUGUGUCUACGUGGUAUUCGUCUCGGAGAACAUUCAGUAUGUGUUGACACAGUACUUUGAAUUAAAUGUUACCGUCGUAGAGGUGAUGCUGUGGAUCCUCCUUCCAUUGGUUCUCAUCAACUGGGUGCGGGAUCUUAAGUACUUGGCACCGUUCUCUGGGUUCGCGAACGUGGUCACCAUCGUCGGCUUCGCAAUUAUCCUCUACUACUUAUUCAGGGAAGCUCCAACAUUGGAAGGGAAGGCUCCUGCGGGAAAACUCGCGAAUUUCCCGCUUUUCUUUGGAACUGUUCUCUUCGCUUUAGAGGCAAUUGGCGUGAUUCUUCCACUGGAAAAUGAAAUGAAGACCCCAAAAGACUUCGUGGGUUCCUUUGGAGUGUUAAAUCGGGCGAUGAUAACCAUUAUCGUCUUGUACGUGGGGAUGGGGCUUUUCGGUUACCUAAAGUAUGGUGAUGCCGCAGCUGGCAGUAUCACACUUAACUUACCCUCCGAUACUGAAUUACUCGCGAGUAUUGUCCAAGGACUUCUCGCUUUCGCCAUCUUCAUUACCCACGGUCUUGCCUGUUACGUAGCUAUUGAUAUCGUGUGGAACGAAUACAUUGGUACCAGGCUACACAACAGCUCCCAUCGUAUUAUCUGGGAGUACGUCGUCCGGACCUGCAUUGUUCUUAUUACAUUUGGUAUUGCGGCAGCUGUGCCAGAAUUGGAUCUGUUCAUAUCCCUCUUCGGUGCUCUAUGCCUGUCUGCUCUCGGCUUAGCCUUCCCCGCCAUCAUUCAAAGCUGCACUUAUUGGUACUACGUUUCGGACUCGGAAAGAAUUCGUAUGAUCGUCAAGAACGUCAUUGUUGUACUCUUUGGCGCGUUGGGACUUGUAGUAGGCACUUGGACUUCCUUGGAUGGUAUAAUUAGAAAGUUCUCCGCCCACCACGUAUUAAACGCCACCGCAGCAAUUACUGAAGCAACUAUACUCAAUGACACUUUAGGUGUUAUGGUGCCAUAGAUUCGUAUUAUCUCAUCAGUAUGAACCAUCCAUGGCAUCCAAGUGCAAUUCGUUCGUACGUGUACGUAACCUAGCGUAUUGAAAAAUGUUCUUAAACAUUAUUUAAGGCUCUAAUUUUCGUUGUAAGAUUUUUAACGGUUUCUCAUUGUUUGGUCAUUAUGAUCAGUUAGCUAUUGUUGAACAAAUAUGAAUAAAGUAUUAUUUCUGCAUAUAUAUAAAUUUGCCAUAAAUAAAUUUUUUUUUUUAUAUACGAGUUGUGUUAUGUAACAUAUGAUAAAGUUUAUUUUAAUGAACAGUAGUCAUUUGUUACUUGUUUUUUAAGAGUAAAUUUUUAUAUAAAUAUAUCAAACUUAAUUAGAGGCUCCUUACUUCUAAAGUCAAAAUACAACCACAACGUACAGUACAGUACUGAGUACAGCUUAUUUAUAUCUAGAGAUUUAAGGUCAGACCGCUCUAUUGCGGCAAUACAGCAGAGGGCCGCGGCACACCGCGACAUUUACCUCCUGAAGAAAUUGUGCCGCGGCUCUGCGACAUAGCGACUUGCUGGGCAGUCAAUUUACAUGAAUGUAGUUUCGCCUUUUAUAACUUGAUUUUGGAAUAUCAUGCAAACCCUUUAAAAAAAUCCAGUUUUCUGUCUCUCGAAUAAAUAAAAGAAAAACGCUAUUUUUUUUUAUUAUUAUGAGCUCUUCACUUACUUUUUAGUCCAACUUAUUAGUCAGACGCUCUGCGCCUCUUUGCUGUAGUGUCCCUAUAGUGCGAUUUGACCUUUAUUCGAACGACCUUAUUUUAAUCAAGAUUCAAGCAAAAACAUGUCAACGCAUAAGUUGUAUUGUGUACUUAUUAGAACUUUUUUCUUUUUCCUUCACGCAACUGUAAGAAACUAAGUACAAUAUUUAAUUAAUAAUAGAAUGCACUUUACCAACUUAGAUUUAAGGAUCCGACUUAGCUACGAUGUUCCAUACCUAUAUAAAUAAAUUUUUAUUACAAAGUAAGUUUAAUAUUUAGCAUAAGCCUAUUAAAACGUUUGCAAACAGGGCGUUUUGACAGACUGUAUGGUCGCAACGAUAUUAGAAACAGAUAUUUCAAAUGUUUAUAUUUGGAUAGAAAUAUAUAAGUUUAUAUUAUAGAUUGUCUUAAUGGCAAGAUAGCUAUUUUGCAGCCGACGCAAGGUCGCUAAACAUCCAGUUAAAAGGUAAAGAUAUAAAGAUGAGACAAAAAAAAUCACCAAAUUAUAUAAAAUAAUAUUGAUAGUAUUAAAAAAACGAUUUUAUGCAUGUGACUUGUACUUUACCUGGCAACUGAGAUUAUAAUGGUACAACAUAGGUUGUUUAGUUUUAAGCAUUAUUUUAUCCUAUGUCAGUGAGAUUUGUGGUGUGGCAUUUUGUUUAGUAUAAGUCUCCUUGCGACUAGUAGGUAUCGGAUCAAAAUCCGUUAUAUAUUUUUCGUUAUACAUAUAUUAGGUACCUUACCAAAAUUGUUACCGUCUCAUGGCCGGAUAGCAGUGUUGUAUAACUAUAUGGUAUCCAGAACGACCUCAUUUCCCGCCCUUUUCCUUCGCUGGAUGAGAUCCUUCAGUUGGCAUUAACUUUAUAUACAUAUAUUUGAAGCUCCAAUGCCUUAAAAUCCAAAUGGCCUUCGAAGGGAUUACGAUAAACUUUGCAUGUACCAGCCAAGUCCCGGAAGGUUAAUAUAGUAAAAUCUUUAGGCUUCUAAUUUAAAAUUAUACCGUUCUGAAUAAUGGUCCCUUUUUAAACGUAUCAAUCAAGUCCCUCAAAUUUGUUUUUACCUUUUAAUUAGUUAGAUGCGACAUAACAGGAUAAUUUAAUUCCAGGCGUACUAAUCCCAGCCAGCUUGCAGAAGACUUGUUUAAGACCUAGAUGUUUAAAAGACGUUCCGACAGUUAUGUUGGUGACCAAACCCUAUAAUUAUUGCCAUUUUGCCUGUUAGGAUAUAAGAUUGAUUGCAUUUCUAAUGUAGUCUAGGGAUAUUUGCUUGCUAAGUAGAAUUCAAUACAUUUAUUUUAUCCGGUCAUGUCGGAUAUAUCUGUGAUGAUGAUAAUUAUAUGAGUAGAAUAUAUACGUUGUAGUUAUGAUGUGUGUUACACGUCGGUGAUUAUGUGCUCAGAAGAUAUGAUAAAGAAUAAAAGUUUAUGAAAACAAA